AUGAUCUCAAAAAAAUUAUUGUAUUAAGAAAUAGAUGUAAACAUAUACCUUAUAAUAUAGUAUACAAAAGAACAAAUUAAUUUACAGAUGUCUCAUUAAAAGAAAACUUUAAAGGAAUUUAGUUCAUAUCUAAAAGAUUAUUCAGCCCUUCUUAAAUUAAUCUCUGAAUAAUUAAUUAAAUUGACCAGAAAAGAAUGUAUAUUUUACACAUAAUACUAGUUACUUGUAGAGAAUAUGAAAAUAAAACUAUUAAAGAAUUUAUAGAUAAAAAUAUUAUCUCAACAUCUUAGAUUAGUGAUAUUCUUGGACUUUUAUAAGAAAAUAUUAAUCAAUUAGAAUAAGAUAUUUUUUAAACUUAUCUUGAAAUAAAAUAAAAUAAAGAUUUAGUUAUGUAAAAAGUAGAUUUAAGAUAUAUUUUAGUGUGAUUAAUAAAGAAAGGAAAGAGAUUAAUUAGUGAGUAUAAAAAAUGUUGAAAAAUAGAUUAUUGAUCAAUUCUCAUAAGUUACUAAAAUCACCAUGUAAAGCAAUAUUGAAACAGCUAUUAACACAGAAAAGAAAAAAAAUACUAAAAUUAUAGAUUCCUUCAAAAAGUUUUACAUUCAUUAAAAAGAGUAUUAAAUAUCAAAAUAAAUAAGGUAUACAGAUAUUAUUGGAAAACAAUUCCUUUUAUCAAUCUAAUUUUUAGAUAUUGUCUAACCACAAUAAUUUACUCAAGAAAUGAUGAAAAGUUUUUAAAAAGUUUAAUCUAUUAAUCAAAAUGGAAAUAAAGAACCCGCAAAAUAAAAUGAGUUACUUAAUGAGACUAAUUUAGUAUAAUCCCAUAAAGAUAAACUUAUUGAAAUUAGAAAAUAAUAUUAUUUUUAUAUUCAUACUCAGCCAUUACCAAUGAUUAUAAAAGAUUAGCUUGGAAUAUUUAAUAAUUAAAUACCAUAUAAUAUGUAAUUUAACAAAUAUAUUAAUAAGGGAUUUAGCCAAGGAAUUCCAACAGUAAGAUUUCUAAUAAUUUAUUUUAUUAAUGAUGUUGAGAUAUAAAUGUGUAAAUUAAGAUUGGCCACUUUUAAUAACACAUAUAAAAAAUCAAUUUGAAAUCAAUCUAGAUGUUAUGAAUAUGUUGGAAUCAUUUUCAAAUGCCAUUUAUUCAAAUAUGGAAUCAAGUAUUACAAGUUCUAUUUAUAUUACUUUAAUCUAAGAUUCUUAAACCAUCAUAAAAAAAUCGUAAUUUUAUGUUGAAAUUUAGAAUAAUUAAAAAUUCUUUACCAUUUUAAAAAAGUUAUUAUUAUUUUCAACAAUAAAUAAUUAUUGGGUUUAAUGUUUGUUAUUAUAAGCAUUUCAGGUAUAAAAUUUUUAAUUUGAAUAAUAAAAAAAAUAUUUUACUAAUCUACUAAAAUAGAUGAUAAUUGAUGAGAAUGAUUUAAUUUAAAUAAAUUUUGAUUCUCAAAUAGAAGAAAUCUCUUAUCCAUUAAAUUAAUGCUUAUUAGAGCUUAUACUAUCAUCAAUCAUUAAACCUUCUUAAAUAGAUAUAAAAUUUAUACCUUUAAUAAAUUAAUUUGUAUAAGAUGUACUAAGACUUUCACCAGCUCAUGUCAGUAUAACCUUACUUUCAUUAGUUUAUUAAAAAAUACUUUAACCUGAAUUGAGAAUAAAAAACUUUAAAAUCAAAGAUGAAGUAAUUAUAUGACAAUAGUUAACUCUGUAAUUAUGUGAUAUUAUUAGCAAGGAAAAGAGUAUUAACAAAACAUUAUUAGAAUAGAAAUUAAAAUAAAAGAAUUUAGAUAGAUUAUAUAAAGAUCUACUAGGACUUAUAACUAAUUUUUGGUCUUAAUUACCUAGUGAUUAAUUUUUUCUUUCAGCAUUUAUGAAUUUAUUUUAUAUUACUGCGAAUAUUUCACUUUAGUUUACAAAUAGCUAAAAUAUAAAUUAAUUAAUUCAAUACAUUAUGGAGCAAACAGGUCACAAUUAUUAUAGUAUGGUGAUUAAAAGAGAAUAAUUUCAACAAAAUCAAAUAUCAGAUAACACUUUUAAUUCAGUAUCUAAUUUAAUAACUAUUAUUUGUAAAGAAUGUCUUGAAUUAAAAGAGCCAUAUAUAGAUUAUUUUUAAAAAGGGAUAUAAUAGCAUUUACCUGAUAAAGAAAUUAAAUAGAGUUUAUUUUUCUUCUAUUUUAUGAAUGGAGCAUUUACUGAGAUAUUUUUAAUACUUGAACAAGUUGAACUCUGCAUUCAAAAUGAAUUGAUUUCAGAAGAUAAGAAUGGAAGGUAUUAUAAUAAUAUCAUAAAGUGCUUUUAAUAUAUGUUUGACUUUAGCUUUAAUUGAUGAUUAAAUUUUACCAUAUAAUUUAAUCACAAAAACACUCUAAAUUAUAGGAAGAUCUUUAGAAAUAUGGUUUUAAUAAUCUCAAUAAAAUAAAUUUAAAAUAUUAUAAUCUAUACUUUCUAAAGAAAAGUUUAUUGAUGAUACUUUAUCUCAAAAUUAAUUAAUUCAAUCAAAACAAACCAAAUGUAUUGAAGAGUUUUGUUCUAUUUUAUGUAAGUCAAUAGAUGUUUUACAGUAAGUUUCUAAUUUAAAAAAAGACAAUAUAUUCAAAAAAACUAUCAAUAACAAAAUUGAACAUUUUUUUUAUAAUGCAAUCUUAAUGUAUUUAGAAUAAAUGUAAUAAGAUCUUCAAGGAAAAUCAAAUCAAUAUUUUUUAUGGUUUUCUAUUGAUUCUAAGAAUCAAUAAAACAUACCUGUUGACUAAAUAUAAUUAGCUAAAAAAUAAAUUCAUCUUGUUAUUGAAAUGAUGAUGAGAAUUUGUAAUCUUAAUUAUCUUUAAUAAUAAUAUUAGUAUCUAAAGGAUUAAUUAAAACUAGAUCUUUUAGAAUAUUUGAAUAGUGAUUUUAAUACUUAUGGAAAAACGAUUUGCAAAAAUAUUUCCAAAAUUUUGAUAUACGAAAUUAUUUAUCCAAAUUUAUUUACUCCUAUUCAUCAAGAUUUAAAAUCUAUGACUGAUCCCAAAAGUUAUCAAUAAAAAUCAGAAUGGUCUUUGCUUCAUAAAAUAGAUGAAAUAAAAAAUUAUUUUGUGAUUUUUAAUUAGAAAUUGCCAUAAAAUUAUAUCUCUGUAUUUUAUGAUUAAUUCAUCUCUUUAUUUUUUGAAGGUAUUUAUAAUUAAUAAAUUUAAUAGGAUUAUUUUAUUGUAUAUUUGAUAUUAACAAAUUAUAAAAUAUUCCUUAAGAAAUGUAUUUUGAAUUGCUUACAUUAGAAUUAUAAAUUUUAUCUAAUUUUUUAGAAAAAUAAAUAGGUAUAAAUGGGUAUGAAAUGAUAAUUAAAUAAUAAAUGGCUGAAAUUAAAGAUUUAUCUAUUUGUUUUACUAUGUAAAAUAAAGAUUUAAUAUCCUUGUUUGAGUAAUAUCAUUUGAGAUAAGAAAAUAAAAAAAUUAGUUCUGCACUUUAUAGAAUAAUAUUACUUCGUAAAAAGGAUUCCAAAAUGAAAGAUUUUGCAAAAAAAUAUUAAAAAACAUAUGAAUGA